CUGCGUGACGGAUCUCUGCGCUCUCUCUUCCAAACGGCGCCAGUCCAAAUAACGAGAGACUCUUUUUGACAACACGCCAUCAAGAUGAAGAUCGGACUCUGCGCCUACAGCGGAUACAAAAUUUACCCGGGCCAUGGCAAGACUAUGGUCAAAGUCGACGGAAAGAGCUUCACUUUCCUCAACUCAAAAUGUGAGUCUGCACACUUGAUGAAGCGCAAUCCGCGCAAAGUCACAUGGACCGUCCUCUACAGACGUAAGCACAAGAAGGGCCAGGAGGAAGAACAGGCCAAAAAGAGGACCCGCAGGGCCCAAAGGUUCCAGCGUGCCAUUGUUGGUGCUUCUCUCACUGACAUUCUGGCCAAGCGUAACAUGAAGCCAGAGAUCAGAAAAGCUCAAAGAGAUCAAGCUAUCAAAGUCGCUAAGGAACAGAAAAAAGCUAAAAAGGAACAGAAAAAGGCAGUAGCACCACCUAAACCCAAAACUGUACACAAACAAAAGGCUGCUAAGGUACAACAGAAAGCUGCUCCAAGAGUUGGUGGAAAACGAUAAUUUAUAUAGUCCUAUAAAUAAAUUGGUUUAUCAUUAAAAAAAAACUUUUUCUAAA